AAACGGAGAGGGUCAAAAGAGAAAUAAAACAGAAAAGGGAGCACACGCUAGGGAUCCUGAUUAGGCUUUUACUUUUUGUUUCUGAAUUCUCUCAGGCCCAAAAUCACCUCUGCUUCCGGCAAACGCAGUCUUCUCUCUCUCUAUAUCUCAGUGGCUGCCGUUGGUCUAGGUCUUCACAGCUCCCAACAACAAUGGUGAGAGGACUACUCAAGCAGCUCUCUUCUCGCUCUCUCUCCUUCGCCGGAAAAUGGCAGCAGCAACAGCUCCGCCGCCUCAACAUCCACGAAUACCAGGGGGCGGAGUUGAUGAGCAAAUAUGGGGUCAAUGUUCCCAAAGGUGUGGCCGUCGGUAGCGUUGAUGAGGUCAAGAAGGUGAUUGAGAGUACUUUCCCCAAUCAAAGUGAGUUGGUGGUUAAGAGCCAAGUUUUGGCUGGUGGAAGAGGUUUGGGAACAUUUAAAAAUGGUCUCAAGGGCGGUGUUCACAUUGUCAAGGCUGACCAGGUUGAAGACCUCGCUGGGAAGAUGCUUGGGCAGAUACUUGUUACAAAACAAACAGGUGCUGAGGGAAAAAUUGUCAGCAAGGUUUAUUUGUGUGAAAAAUUGUCGCUUGUCAACGAGAUGUAUUUUGCUAUUACUUUGGAUCGCAAAAGUGCUGGUCCUCUUAUAAUUGCAUGUGCAAAGGGAGGAACGAGCAUUGAGGACCUUGCCGAGAAAUUCCCUGAUUCAAUAGUAAAGGUACCUAUCGAUGUUUUCAAAGGAAUUACAGAUGAAGACGCUGCAAAGGUUGUUGAUGGUUUGUCUCCCAAAGGAGCUGAUAGAAAUAGUUCAAUUGAACAAGUGAAGAAAUUAUAUAAGCUAUUCAGUGAGACUGACUGCACACUGUUGGAAAUCAAUCCACUUGCAGAGACUGCUGAUAACCAGCUAGUAGCUGCUGAUGCGAAGUUGAACUUUGAUGACAAUGCCGCUUUUCGUCAGAAAGAAAUUUUCGCUCUCCGUGAUCCUACACAGGAAGAUCCCCGAGAGGUGGCUGCUGCUAAAGCAGAUUUAAACUAUAUUGGAUUAGAUGGUGAAAUCGGUUGCAUGGUUAAUGGUGCUGGUUUAGCUAUGUCUACUAUGGAUAUUAUUAAACUACAUGGGGGAACUCCUGCCAAUUUUCUAGAUGUAGGUGGGAAUGCUUCUGAAGGCCAGGUUGUCGAGGCAUUUAAGAUUUUGACUUCAGAUGACAAGGUUAAAGCCAUUUUGGUGAACAUCUUUGGUGGAAUAAUGAAAUGUGAUGUGAUUGCAAGUGGAAUUGUUAACGCAGCUAAACAGGUUCAACUAAAAGUACCAGUGGUUGUCCGUCUUGAGGGUACCAAUGUUGACCAAGGGAAGAGAAUUUUGAAGGAAAGUGGGAUGGCAUUAAUCACAGCAGAAGAUCUCGAUGAUGCUGCUAAGAAAGCUGUUGAAGCAAUAUCUAAGUGAGGAUAAAUCCCUUGAUGCCCUUCACCAAUAUAUCUGACUAUGAUUCUCAUUUUUUGUUGGUGGCACUGAUGUGCUCCCUUUGUGUUUUAUGUAUGACAUUACAUAAAACGGAUCCUGAAUCCGCAUAGUUCAAACAAAAUUGAAGUUGCUUUUAACAGUAGUUUUUGAGGCUGUAUCGGUUGUCAACGAAAUUUCAAUAAUGCAGCUUUCCCUGAAAUGAUAUUUGUCUAUCAUCUUCCCUUUAUGUUUUAUUGUUUCUAACCCUAAACCCAAUCAAGAACAAACUUCCUGCACUACUACAUCACUGCAUUGUUAUCUUAUGAUACAUACUAAUCAACCACUGGCCUUUUCUUUCUUCAAUGAAUCUGCAAUCUUCUUGGAGACGCAAUAAGCUGUGGAUUGGAUAGUAAUC